AUGUCCUCCCUAGGCGACCCUGAGACUGGACGGUCUGUGAUUUCUUCUAUUUCGGGCACGCCAUCCUCCCACGAAAAUAUGGGUUUCGGGACUGCUGGCACAGCAACCUUGGAUGCAGACCCCGCCCAGCUCCUGACGGAUCCCUCUCACCGAGCGGGCGCGAUCGACGUUGAGAUAUCGACACCACACGGCACCAACAACUGGCUAACGCACGAGAAUGGAAAUCCGGACCUAAACUUGUUUCUCGAGCUCGAUGGUCACCAGAUAUCCCACGAUUCGGGACUGGGCAUGGGUAGUGGUUUGGCGCAACUUUUCACUGAUGUGCAAAGCACUGAACCGGUAACCAUCCCGCCAUUACUAGGAGGCUUUUGCCAUCUGUCUACUGGUGAGGAGCCGGCCGUAGGCCAAACAUUAAAUCAAGUUGGCAUUCCUCAUGCUCCUGUAGACAGGGCCCUGGCAGAAUGCAUUGCUGCCUUCCAAAAGAGCUGCCUCCCUUACUUUCCGAUGUUGCAUAGCGAAGCGAUUCGACAGGGGAGUCUCCCCUUAGAACUGAAGUACAGCAUGGCUGCUCUUGGUGCGAAGUAUACCGGGGAGUAUCCACGGCUUGCAAAGGUCUACUACUUGUCUGCAGUAGAGUGUUUACAAAAAACAACGACCCUGAGCCAACUUCGUAUAUUGCAGACUAGGGUGCUCUUGAUAGAAUACGCGGCUUGGCAAACAUCGAAACAAAGUCGCCAGUGGGCGAUUAGGGAGCAGGCUGUUGCUAAAAGCGCGAUUUUGAAUUUGAUGAGUCAACCCGGGCAAGAUCAAGCGUACAGACGCAUAGACAAGGCGAUACGCGAGGAGAUCUUGCGGUAA